CAGCCAAAACGAAAAUAUCGAAAGAAAAUAAAAACCCUCGCGUCACAACUCUUUUACUAACAGGUGCAACACUCAUUUCUUCUUUCUCACUGUGGCUCUGCAACAUAAUCUUAGGGUUUAAGCAGGGUUUCUCAUCUACUGAAUUUCAACUUCCUCUUCUCAUACGUCGAGAAUGCAUAGAUCGUUAACCUCGCUGGUUCGGCCACUCGCGGGAGCGCGUGGGUUUUCCACGAGCUCUGAGAAAAUCGUUGCCUCUGUUCUAUUCGAGAGAUUACCAGUCGUUAUCCCCAAAAUUGAUCCUGUGGUUUAUGCAUUUCAGGAGUUCUCCUUCCGAUGGGGGCAGCAGUAUCGACGCAGAUAUCCUGAUGAAUUUUUGGACAUGUCUAAAUCUAGGGGAAAAGGUGACUACCAAAUUGAGUACAAUCCAGCUCCAAGGAUCACUGAAGCUGACAAAACGAAUGACAGAAAGUCAUUACAGAGAGCACUUGAUCGAAGAUUGUAUCUUCUUCUAUAUGGUAACGCUCAUGGUGCUCUUAGUGGGAAACCUGUGUGGCAUUUUCCAGAAAAAGUUUAUGAUACGGAGGAGACAUUGCGCAAGUGUGCAGAGUCUGCCUUAGAAUUUGUAAUUGGAGACCUUUCUCACACUUACUUCGUUGGAAAUGCUCCCAUGGGUCAUAUAGUUAUACAGCAGUCAGAGAAUGUGCCUGAACCAUUUAAGCGAUUCUUCUUCAAGUCUCAAGUGAUUGACACCAACAUGUUUAAUAUUGGGAAGUGCAAGGAUUUCGUUUGGGUGACCAAGGAUGAAUUAUUGGAGUAUUUUCCUGAACAAGCCGAAUUUCUUAAGAAGAUGAUCAUCAGCUAAUGGCAAAUUGCUUAGUUUGAUCUCCAAGCUAUACCAUCUUUCUUAUAACCCAUUCUGUGGUUUAAUUGUAAUUUUGCAGUAGAGCCUACAUCAGAAUUUAAAGCCAACAUAAGACAACAGAACAUCUGAACAUGAGUCAUUGGUUCAGGAUUGAUUGAAUAUUCUAAUUUUUUUUAAUUUUCUUUUGUUGGUGACAAUUGAUGCAUGAAUUUGGUUUUUCUGAUCAUACCCCUUCCCUUUUAUUAUUUUUCCUCUCCUCUGCUGCAAUAAUGGUUGCAUCUAAUUUGUAUUUCUACCCCUGUUAUGAUAGCCUACACAAGUAACUUUAGGUUUUUAUUCUGCGAUGAUUGGCUGAACAAAUCCUUUCUCGACCUUCUUGAUGUUGAUGACUAGAUCCUAUAUUGUUUCCUUUAACUAGAGUGUAGAGAAUACGGUAUUUUGACCAGCAGACAUGGUCUGGGAAAGAACCAAUCUAGGAAGUCUGGCGGGUGGCCUAACAGGACUUCCCUCCGCAGCCAAGGGCUUACUGACUCGAAUAUAAUGAGGAUCUUGGGCCUAAUUAAUUAAACUC